AUGGCCCGAGUUGUUAAGGUUUUUCGAACUCUCCGGAACCACUGGAAGAAAUCUACAGUAGCUGUGUGCGCCCUGUCAUAUGGGGGAUACUGGCUGUAUGGAAAACAUUGUGACAAUCUUCUGCGAAGGGAAGCAUGUUUAAAAGCCAAGGAGUAUGGCCAUCAACUUAUUGGUUCACAAGAGCGACUCAAAAAGGCUACGGUCAUCUUAAACCCUGCCGCUUCCAGUGGGAAAGCCAAUACUCUUUUUGAAAAGAAUGCUGCUCCUAUUUUGCACUUAGCCGGAGUUGAGAUUACCAUUGUCAAGACCGACUAUGAAGGACAAGGGAAAAAACUAAUAGAAUUGAUGGAACAGACUGACAUGUUAAUUGUUGCUGGAGGUGAUGGAACAUUGCAGGAAGUAAUCACAGGAUUACUACGUAGACCAGACCAGGACAAAUUCAGCAACACACCUAUUGGGUACAUUCCACUUGGGUCUCACAACUCUCUGAGCCCAAGUCUUCACCUUCUCAGUGACAACAGAGUUCAACACAUUAUUUCAGCUACACUUUCAAUUCUUAAAGGAGAAACUGUGCCACUUGAUGUUCUGCAAAUUAAAGGAGAAAAGGAGCAGCCAGUUUUUGCUCUCAUGGGACUUCGAUGGGGCGCAUUCAGAGAUGUAGCAUCAACUAUUCGCAAAUAUUGGUAUCUUGGGCCACUGAAGACAAAAGCUGCACACUGGUUUCAGACAUUGAGGGAGUGGCCUUUAGUGCGAGAGGUUACUGUAUCAUAUUUACCUCCCAAUCUUCGCCCCCCUGACUUACCCGUUCAAAAGCCUCAAAGACCUAAUUUGCUGAAACGCAUCGUACGAAGGCUUAAAAACUACUGGAACCCGCCAGUUGAAGAGCCACCAAAAAUUGAAGAGCCCGAGAAAUGGGAGGAGAAAAAGUUGUCUACACAUGAGUUGUGCAUUCAUACACACAACAAAAAUCCAGUUACAAGGCGAAUCUACGACUCCAUGGCCAUCUCUGCAGAACCUGAUGACUUCAGUGUGAGCGAGUUCAUCACAGUCGGAACCAAAAAGGAAGAAGAUCCAUCUUUAUUUACCAAGGCUUCUUCACAAGUGGAAGCAAGUGCAUGCAUGCUGCAUUUGCCUGAGGGCACUGCUGGCUUCUACAACAUUGAUAAUGAGGAGUAUGAGGCUAUGCCAGUGGAAAUACGCCUGUUGCCAAGGAAACUACAGUUUUUUAUUAACGCUGAGCGCCGUGACCAGCUUCUACAAGAGGUGCAGUGA